ACCACUGAAGUCUCCCUCCUUCGCCACCUUCUCGUCUUCCUCGCCCUCUCUCUCUCUCUCUCUCUCUCUCUCUCUCUCUUUCUCCCUCUCUCCAUCCAUCGCCGGCGAUCCAGACCGACCGGACGGCGACGCAUGUUUCUCUUUGCUGCAUGAUGCUUUCCUGCGCUGUUCACAUCCGCUCCCUCUUCCGGGGAUCUUUGAGGCCGCGAAGCAGGCCUUUUCCAGUUCUUCGAUGGUUGUCGCUGGUGUUUGGCGUUUUGAUUGUGCUCGUGACAUCAUGUGUGGGCGCUUACAACUCCUGCGCGGAUGAUUCGGUGCGGGGUGCUUGCGUGGGGGCUGCUUCUUUCGGAUUUCCUGCGACCCUAGUCGGUUUAGGGCCUCCAGAGGAUGAUAGCUGCCAGGACCCUGAUUAUGGAGCUCAGGUUGGCGCCACGAUCUCGAAGUGGCGGCCUGGUGGCCUGGCGGCAUUCAGAUCAUCUAACGGAAGAGUCGUUUCCUGUUCUUUGGUGGAUUCCAUGAGCGGGGUUGAUGAUUGGCUAAGUGCCGGAGGAAAGAGUAGCGACAUGGUAGACUCCACGUCAUGUAUGGCGCCUCUUCUUGCUGAUGUUUGGAUGAGCACUUCAAGUGGGAAUACCAGUGAGCUUCAUGACCAUUCUAAACAUGUUGAUUCAGGCCUUCAUGAUGGCUCUUCUAUGGAUGUGGAGAUAAUUCCUCAUUCUUUGGAUUGGGGAGAGAGAGCUUUGUAUACACCUUCAAUUGUUUCCUUGACUGUGAAGAAUCCUCAUAAAAAUAGAGUUUUACAUGUAUUUGAAAGCUAUAGUAGUAACCCUCAGUAUUUUUCUCAUGGUUUUCAAGAGCUGAUAGUGGCACCUGGUGGGUCUACCUCUAUUGCUUUUGUGUUCCUACCGAAAUGGUUGGGUUCAUCCUCAGCACAUUUAGUUUUGCAGACAAGUUCUGGGGGUUUCAUAAUCAAAGCUAGAGGGAUAGCUGUUGAAUCCCCAUACAAAAUAGAGCCUUUAGUGGGCAUUAGUGCUCCUAAUAAUAGAAAGUUGGUUUGGGACUUUUCUUUGCACAAUCCUUUUAACGAUGUGCUUUAUGUUGAAGAAGUGAGCACAUGGUUGUCCUUGCCUAGUCAGACAAAUCAAUCUCUACAUUUUAUUUGUCGUAUGGAUGAAUCCCAGCAACUGUCAAGUGGGCUUGAUUACCUUUUAGCUGACAAAGAAUGGUUCAGACUGGAAAGUAAUACAUCAGAAAUGAGAUGGUUAGACAUUAGGCCGAACAAGCAAUGGGAAGUAGCUCCUAACAAGGCUGAGUCAGUUCUACUAAUGCAAUUGUGGCCUUAUAAUGAAGGAAAGGUUCUUGGAGGUACCUGUUUAAAGCUGCGCAAUUCCAGACUAGAUAAAACUGCCACAGUUGUUCUCCCCCUUGAGCUAGAAAUCCACGGUAAGACGAAUUAUAGUGAUGGAAGUGGUUUAAUUACCUUAGAUAUUGAGGCUUUUGAGCCCCUCGAUGUGAUGGAGGCAGUUGUUAUAAUUUCGUUAACAAACCAUGGAGCAGAUCUACUUAGAUUGGUUAGUAUUGAGCUUACAGAUGGUUUAGAUCUGUUCACAGUCAGAUACAAGGAAGGUUUUUUACUUUUUCCUGGGGCUGUUGCGAAAAUAGGUUCGGUUAGUUACUCAAGAACCUUUUUGUCCAUGGAGAUUGAGCCUGAGAUUCCCAGUGAUUGUAAACUUUCAAUAGCGACGAAUAAUUCUGACAGUUCUGUAAUGGAAAUUUCAUGCCUUGACUUGAUAUAUGCCAGUUCUUUUAGUGAACAAGGCUCUGGUAUUGUUGCAUCAAAAGCAUCAUAUAUUAGUUGGUCAUCACAGAGUGAGGAGGAAAAACAUACAAACUCAAGGACAGGAUCCUUAAAAGGCAUUGCUAAUGCAUCAGCUCCUGCUGAGUCAAAGUUAUUGAAAACAUUUGAAGUGGAUGAGCUAAUACUUAGCAAUUGGAUAUCUCAUGGUGCUGGAACUGACACUUCUGUCCUUGAAGAAUGCAAAAUGUUCUUUCCUGUGGUCCUAGUUGGAACACAUUUCUUUAAGUGGAUCUCUGUACACAAUCCUAGCCAACAGCCUGUUGUAAUGCAGCUUAUACUGAACUCAGCAGAGGUGAUUGAUCAUUGCAAAACUGAUGAACCAUAUGAGUAUACCUUCUCUAGUAGGUUUACCGAGAUCAACUUUCCAAAGUCAAGAAUUGGAUUCUCCCUAUCAGAUUCAGCAGUGACAGAGGCCUUGCUUCAUCCUUCUCAAACUGUGAUGUUUGGGCCAAUUAUCUUUCGACCUGCAAAUCGAUGUAUGUGGCGAAGCUCAGGUUUGAUACGGAAUAAUCUUUCUGGUGUGGAAUGGUUUCCUAUUCAAGCAUUCGGAGGGUCAUAUUCUCUCACCCUUCUGGAGGAUGGUGAACCUGUCUGGAAGCUUGAAUUUGACAAUCAUUUACCACUAAACAUGUCAUCUGCAAAUUUUAUAACAAGCCUCAAAAACACCAGUUCCUUAUGCAGCUAUCGAAUUUCCAAGGAGAUAUAUGUCAAAAAUAUUGGUGAUCUUCUUCUUCAGGUGAAGAAACUUAGUAUCUCAGGAACUGAAUGUAGUUUGGAUGGGUUUACCAUUCAUGAAUGUGAACAUUUUACUCUGGAACCAGGGGAAUCAGUAAGGCUUGUAAUUUCAUACAAUGCUGAUUUCUCUACGCAUGUUGUUCAGAGGGAUCUUGAGCUAGCAUUAAGUACUGGCAUCUUUGUAAUACCUAUGAAAGCAAGCCUUCCAUUUGAUAUGUUCAGCCAGUGUAGGCAAACACUUAUCCAACCACUGCAAUGGAAACUCUCUCUUUUUAUAUUUGCUUCUGUUUCUGCCCUUGUGAUAUUGUUGGCAAGUAAAAAACCACACUCCUUUUUCGUGGCUACUGAAGAUUGUUAUGAGAAUUCUGAUCGAACAGUGAGUAAGGCUGGAAAAAAUUGCAGUCAUCAUAAUGCAAAACUCUCCAGGUCAUCUAGCGAAGGUGAGAACUCUAAGGUUAAAUUUGUGGACAGAUAUCGUGUUUGUGAAAAUGUUACGCUUAACCACCCCAGAAUGAUACAAGGGAAGCAAGAUUUUAAUUAUCAAAAAGAAGUCCCAAUCUCGUGUCCAACUAACCAUGUCAAAAGUCUUGAUCAAUUCAGUAUGAUAGAAACUCCACAACGCGGUAGUCUGACUAUUAAAGUUAUUAGGGAGAAAGGAAGAAGAAGAAAGAGAAGAGCUACUGGAGCUGGAUUAGCAGCGCAACUUGAAGUUUCUAGCAGUCAGAGUGGGAACUCCACGUCAUCGUCACCUGUAUCCUCGAAUGCUUCUACUCCAAAGAAAGCAUGGUCUGUUUCUCCACGAAGUGAUCUUCCAUAUACUGGUUUAUCUUUGGAACAAAGGCACUAUAAGAUGCAUGAUUCAGAAAUUACUAUACCGGGGAGAGUAUUGGAAUCUGAUAAGCAAUGCAAAAUGGUCGGUGUAGUGCCUACUCAAAGGCAGUCUCCUGCAAAUCCGAAAUCGCCUAGACACCCAGCUGCACCUAAUGUGAAUUUUCCAGAAUAUGGUUUCACUCGUCACCAUAUUGGUUCUUCAAGUGUUUUAGCCCCAUGUUCACCAAUUGCACCUCCUGCUCGUGCUCCAGGACAGAAUAGCAAGGAUAAAUGCAUGAAAGAGGAGGAAAGUCAUGGGAUCAAAAAAGAACAUACUUAUGACAUAUGGGGAAAUCAUUUAUCAGAUAAUUUCUUGGUUAGGCGAAAGGAGUUAGCUAUCAAUGCUGAUGCUUCGGAAGAUGACUCACAAAGUUUCUUCGCAAGUGAUCCUCAGUCCCUAGUGAUGAUGUCAUCAGCAUGGUCUGUUUCUCCUGGGCAAAGUUUGCCCUCUGAUAAUGUAACCUAUCACGUUCCAAUGAAUUAGAAACUUUUCCCUACA